CGACAUAUGACGUCAGGAAAUUACCCGUUUUUGUUACGCGCGAGAAGACAACGGGCAGGAACAAGGAACAUAUUAAGCGGUGUAAAUGGAUUUAGGUCAUUUCUGUUUAUAGGAUUCUUAGUGAUGAGAGGAAAAGAAUGUUUUCAGCAUUGAAAUACCAUGCAGUAGACUAUGUAUAUGAGGCCUUGGCCAGGCAAAAACUGACGAUCAAUUGGUUAUUGGUACCAGUGCCUCAUCAUCUGGACCAAUCAGAACGAUACUGUUACAAAGGUAGCAUUUCUGAUGAUACCUACAGGAAACCAUGGACCAGAGGUUGUGUGGUCUCCACUUGCAAAUUAGUUAUCAGUGGCUCAGUUCUGAACGACUGGAAGACGUACGGCUGCCCAGAUGACUUUCAGGAAAAGAUCAGCGUAUCCUGUACCUCAGUGCAGGUUAAGAGUGACACAGUGGAGGUUGUUCCCAGCUCAAUCCCCUACUCUCAAGUUGAUGUAGAGGAAGUCACGUUGCUUCAGAUGAGAAAAGAACUGGACAAAACGGAAGAACUCUUGCUGCAGGAUGAAGAUCUGCUUUUGCAGGAGGAGGUCAUUUUCGCUGACUGUUUGUCAGAGUUUCGCCGACAGAUGCCAACGCUGUUUUCCCUGCUUGGCAGACUGAGGACUUUCUCUGUCAAAGAUCCCCUUCUGAAUUCAAGAGGAGAACUGUUUACAGAUGAAAUCUUUUUCAGACAUUGUAUGCCAUUUGACAAUGCAAUGACUGGGGAUAUAGUGGAACAUGGAGCAGACCCGAGGAUUGAGAAUUACAGUAAAAUCUCAGCACUAAAUGAAGAGUCUUUGAUGUUACCAUUUUAUUUGGAAUCCCACUCUCCCAAUCAAAAGAGUGGCACUCCCACUGCCUGGGUGCUCCUAGAUUUGUUGCGAAUUGCAUCCGAGCCGAUGUUGGAAGGAGGUACCACAUGGAAAGAGGCAUUUCAGAGAGUUGUGAUUUCUGGUGUCACACCAGCAGUGGAGCUUUCCGAAUAUUGUCCCUCUUGCAGUGAGAUUUCAGAUGAGAUUUACAGAGAAAGGAUAAAGAACAUACUUGAUCAUACAAAUCCAGUUAGUUCCAGGUUGUACACCCAUAUGGAAGCAGACCCUCCUUUCACACCUCCUCGUCAGCCCCUGCAGACUAGAGCCCGUUUAUCAUGCAAGGAGUUCAGCCCUGAACAGCUGUCCCCAAUUUACAUAAAUCGAGUGGUUUCUGAUGCUGAUAAAGUAAUCAUGGAGGGUGGAGUCUGGCAUGCAGAGAAACACCACGCUGCUCUCCUGGGUCUGCUGCUUGCAGAACCUCAAGUCCAGAAGUCCAGUUUGCAGUGCCAUUCUGCUACAGAAGUCUUCCAGAUGGUGGGUGUUGAGCCAGAUCCUUCAGUAAAUGUAACAGUGGAAAGAGUUGACUAUAAACAGUUAAACCCAGAUCAGCCAAGCCCCUUGGAGACAAUGACCACAGAUGCACAUAGUGCACCAGAACUGCCACCAGCGAAAGCAGAAACAUUUUCUACUCUCACCUUGAUCCAGUUAGACAAUAUUUUGAGAAAGUCCAGCAUGGACGCAGAAUACCAUAGACGGAGUGCCACACCUCCUGAAAACAAAGUCAAAUCCAUUCUUAAAGACUUAAAAAAUAAAAAUGAGACACCGACCAACGUUCAAAAUAAUAUUCAGAAAGCACAACAUACUGCUGCUGACGUCCCUGCAAGUAAGCCAGCUCAGAGGUCAGACGCAGUGAUAGCGUCUGCAAAAAGAAAACAAGUGCUGGAAGGAAUAGAGGGUCUUCCAGUGCAGCCUAAAAAUUCAUUCAUUAUCGGCAGGCCUGAAAAAGACAUAAAAGACCCCUGCAACAAGGGCACAGAACGGAAACCACAGCAGGAGGAUUUGGAUCCGCUCGCCAACUUCAUAAUGCUGAGAUCCAAGCUGACAAAUGCAGUUGCUGCUCCCCCCAAAGCCAAAAGCAAGAAUGAGAGUCAAACCAAGGCUGAUACAAAGGUAGAAGAUAAGUUUGCUUGUGCAACCCCCAAAGAAGUAGGCUCUGCUGCCAGGCCUGUGACACCAGAGAAAGCCAAGACGGAAACGAGGAACACUGCUGUGAUUGAGGUCCAAGCAUCAGAGAGCCAGUGCAGAGCCUACCGUGUACUUCAUGAUAUUGCAUCCCCUGUUCUCUUUAGUUCAAAAGAACUGGGCAUAUCUGCUGCUGCCUUGGGGGACUUUGCUACUCUGUCUUUUGACCAAACCCGGUUCUUUUUGAAACAGCAGGAAAAACUGGUCAGCAACAGCCUAAAACAAGGUAAACCAAGUGAAAAAGAUGUAACGGCGUAUAAGCACGCCGCUGUGGUGCAUCUUUUGGUGACAGUUCGAGACCUUUUGCUUAUGUGUGACCUUAACACAGCUGUAGACUAUCUAGCAAGAGCCAAAGAAAUGUAUGUCAGCACACUGGGGUCUUGUUUGGAUGACAUCUGGAAAAGACUGAGGGUCAUGCAGUACAUCAGCCAGAAGAAUGAGGAAGCCAACCCCAAAAUAGCCGAGCUCCAGCGGAAGAUGUUGGCGUGGAUACAAAGAAACCAUUCUCAGGAGCAGAGUCACAAAGUACUGGUAAUAAUAAGAAUGGAUUCAGACUGUGUCAGGGCUAUUCUUAUUAACAGUCUCAAUCAUGUGAAAGGUCUGAAAACUGCUGCAGUGUUUCCUGAAGAAAAUACCAAACUGAAUUCCAAAAAUGUGAUAACAUGUCUCAAGAGGUAUUCGUGUGUGGUGGCCUGCAGUAAGCACAUCCAUGCAGAUUUCCCCUGGCAGCACUUCUCAUUGGUAGUGGAAUAUGACUACAUGGAGCACUGUGGCUGGACUCAUCUCUGCACGGACAAUAACAUCAGUCACAUGGCAUUUAAAACUGCCAUUCCUAAGACCAUCAGUUCAAACAUAAGCCAGCAAGAAGCACCCUGUGAAAAUGAAUCAGCCCUGUUAUUGGAGCUUCUUAUUCCCUUUGUGUUUCUGACAACUGAAGGCCUGUUGAACAACCCGGAGCUUCUACAAACUCUCGAGUCUAGAUGUAAUAUUACUGUUUUGGUGAGAAGCUACAGUGAAUCCCUACAGAUAUUUGGAGGAACUCAUCGCUAUGCAGUGAUUACAGUAGAUGAAUGCACUGCAAUAAUCAUUCAGGAAAUUGAGGAGAUGACAAUGGAGAAAGCCUCAGAUAACAUAAUCUUGAGACUGGUGGCCUUAUCUCUACAGUACAGCUGCUGCUGGAUCAUUUUUCAUUCUGCAGAGGGUCAGAACUCAGAGUAUCAUUUUACAGGGGAGGUCUUCAAUAAUCUGGUGUUGAUCUACACUGCCCUUGUGCUGUUUGGGGUAAAGUCUGAGGACCUAGAAAUCAAGGUAGUGAUUGCAUCAGGAGCUGAGGAAACAGCUAAUCUGUUACGUCAGAUAGCUAGCAACACAUUGAUGAACUCCAAGAGAGACCCCUUAACCUGGCUGGAUAGGUCUUGGCUUUCUGAUGUACCAUCACAGGCUGAGAACUGCUUGCUCACCUUCCCCUGCGUGAACUCUUUGGUGGCUCAGCUCAUGUUGAAGAAGGCCUCAUCACUGGAGUGGCUUCUAGCAGCAACGUUCAAUGAGCUGCAGGACCUCCUCCCUGAGGUUCCACAGAAAGUCAUCAAGCUCUUCAGUGACACCACAGCUCUGUACAAACUGAAUGUGUCACAUUCACCACCUGAAUCGCUAGUGGAGGAGACAUCUAGUGACAACUUCCUCCAUUCUGGUCAUAACAAUGUCGGUCAUGAAGAUUUCCAACCGAGGCUUGAUUUCUUAGAAGGCAACUCUCAGCAAUGCGAAGUGCACAACCUAUUUGAGAGGCAGCCUUUCCUGAAAAACGACCUAUCAUAUGAUCAGGGGCCUUUCAGUGGGACUGCAGACUCAGAAUGCAGAGCCCAAAUGCAUCAGCAGAGAGGUAGAUUAUAUAUAGACAAGGCUUCAUUCAUAACACAAUCAAUCCCUGCUGCCUCAGUCCAUGAUCAGUGGGGGCUAGGUGGGGACGAUGAAUCAAUACAAAAUUAUUCCGUUGAUCUGUGGCCAGAAAAGGAGGAAUCUUAUGACGAGCAGUUUGCAGGCACAAGGCCCAGUGGGAGCCAUACAAAACGGACUUCAAGUGGACCGGCACAGGAUGUCUCUACCCUGUACUACAGCGACUCAGCCGGACAAACAAAUACAGAGAGCUACUUUGAGAGGAGGCCCCAACAUUCCCAGGUUUACUCUGCCCAACAGAGAACAGUUUCCUCCCAGCUAAUGGAAGAGCCUUCUUUUCCCAGUGGUUAUGUUGGCCCUGAAUCCAACGGCAUGCCAUUGUAUGUGUCAAGCCAGCCAGCAGAUAGUCUGUGUCUUGACAGCCAUCCAUUUGCUCGUGCUACUAGAUCAAUAGCCGACUCUGUGUUUGCUUACCAGAAAUCUGAAUAUAGGAGUGAUGUCAGCAGGCACCCAGACUUCACCAGGCCAUUCCGAAGUUUCUCGGAGAGGAAGAGAGGGGCAGUGAGUUCUGAGGGAGAAGAAAAUUCAGAACGAUUUAGCCUUUUACCACAACUCAAACGAAGGAGGCUGACCUACGAAAAAGUACCAGGAAGGAGUGAUGGGCAGACAAGACUUACAUUCUUUUAAAAAGUUUGGUGAUUGUUUUUAUCACAUUAUUUAUGCUCAGAUCAUAAUGGCACGUUCAAAAAUGGCCAUCUUUUAUUUGUUACAUAUUUGAUAUUUGCUGAUAUUAAAAUGUUUAUAAAAUUAUUUGGUAACGUUCUGCUACAUUUACAUUUCCCAUACUGCAUAGCAAGCUGUUAAACGGAAUGCAAAUCAUUUAGUUUUCAAAUAAAAUCUAAUGUAAAAAAUAGAGUUGGGUAGGUUCAGUGCAUGCUGCUAUGUUUGGAUGUAUUUCAAUAAAGGUCAGUCGUCUGUAUUCUAUAUUUUUUGUCUUAGUUAUGCAUUUCCAUUAAAAUGCAGCAUUGCUGAAAAGUCAUGUACUUUUGUUAGUGGCAAGCUUCUUUGACCAAAUAGAAAAAAAAUAAAUAAAAAUAAGCAUACCAUACAAGGGGUUUAGAGACACCAUUUAUUCAACGUUUCAGAUUAUUGCCAUUUGCAGGCGAGUCCUAAAAUGACAGUGCUUUAUAGUUUAGUUGUUUUAUUACCAAGGUGCUUCAACAUAUAAACUUUGUGACAACCCAGUUUAAGAAAGCUGUACGCUAUCAGUAGUCACGCAAGGUCAAAUUGAAACUCAGACAGAAACAUUUAAAUAUGCGCACCAGUAUUUUUAUAUUAAUUCAGUUAUUUGCAUUUGGAAGGAUAAUUUAUCUAAAAGAAAACUACAUGGAAACCCACAUUACCCGAAAGGUACUACCAAAAUAGUGUGAGAAAAAGGGGAGACUUAUUUUUCUUUUUCCUUGGAAACCAC